UCUCUGUUGUGCGAAGUCAUUCUGCAAGUCAACCCAACUAAUUAAGCUAUGGAUAAGGAAGUCGUCAACUGGUCCAAUCUUCCGGAGGAACUCUUGCCGUACAUCGGCAAAAGCCUCGACGCGGGCAUCGAUAUUCUCCGAUUUCGCAGCGUCUGUGUUUCCUGGCGAUCCUCUAUCCCUCCCUUACGCGAGAUAUCUCCUUGUUUGCCUCUCCGUUUUCCUUACGCCGACAGCAAUGGAAAUGCCGUCGACGCCUUUGUCUCGCAGAAUACCAUCUACCGUCUUGAACCUUCCGACGAGAAUCCAAACAUUCCAGCGUCUUCUUCUUCUUCGAAAGGCUGUUUGAUUAAGGUUGAAGAGUCAGAAACUGGGAAAAUACGCCUUUUGAACCCACUUUCAUGCCUCCAUUGCAGGUUUCUCCCGGCCUCUUUUCCAAACGGGAUAAACCUAUUGGAUUUCCGGGUAGUCGAGGUAAGCAAAUCAUAUAAACUUCAAUAUUCUGAUGGAUCGCCUAUUUGUGGCGUGAGCAAAGUAGUGUUGUACCCCAACUCUGCAUGGACUAGUGUUAAAGAUUGCAUGAUUUUCGCCUUAUAUGAUGGUGGAAAGUUGGGUUUUGCGAAAUAUGGAGACGAGAAAUGGACCCUUGUAGAUGAUAAGAAUUCUAAUUAUGAUGACAUUAUCGUAUACAAGGGCCAGUUCUAUGUGAUUGAUAGGUUGGGAAUAGUUUCAUGGAUUGAAUGUUCAUCAUUGAAGCUAAUACAGUUUUUCCCUCCGUUAUGUGGUUUGGGUACCCAGAAGCAUUUGGUGGAAUCAUGUGGGGAAUUCUAUGUUGUUGAUAGAUACUUUAAGAGGGAGCGGAGGUUACGACAUCAUGAGAAUAUGAAUCAUAAUCUCCUUAGAUACCAUGUUUGUCCUAGGACAGUUGAUUUCAAAGUUUAUAAGCUGGACCAAGAGUUGGGUGAUUGGGUUAUGGUGCAGAACUUGGGUGAUCGGGUGUUCUUUCUUGGGAAUGACUCUUCUUUGUUUGUUUCAGCUCGACAAUUCGGUGGGUGUAAAUGGAAUUGCAUUUACUUCACUGAUGAGAAUGACAUUGGGGUGUUCUGCUUAGAGGAUCACAACAUUGAGAAGAUGGUAAAUUUCCCAGACUAUUCUCAUAUAUUUUGGCCUCCUCAAAGCCCAAACGUCUAAAUGCUGAAUAUAGGUAUUGUAGUUUCCUAAUGUGAUAAAAAAUUUAGAAGGUUGUUAAUUAUGUUGUCCUUGAAGGAUUGGAUCUAUAACAAUUUGUUGAUCCGAUUGCAAUGGGAGAGUCUCUACGAGGCUUACUUACCUAAGUUGGUAGGCAGAUUGUCCAAAAUCUGUUUGAAUGGAUAGGCCCUAUAGAGAUUCUCUCACUUUUGUUGUUCAGAACAAAUUUAUUGUACAGCUCUGUCCUAUCUUUGAAUUCCUCUAACGUCGUGUCUAUUACGAGUAGAGUUCAAUUUUAUUUGUAAUGUCAUGUUCUGUCUCACGUGUCACUUUAUUUAAAGAUUGUGAUGUUAAUCAUGUGUCAGCCUAUGCUCAGAAUUAAUUCGAAACAUGUU